UCAACUUCGAUAACAGGUUGCGGUGCUGUUCCCGACUUCAACACACCAGAGUACGAGACCUUUAAUUCUAUUCAAACCAGCAGCUGGGAGUCCAGUGAGGGGAUGGAUCCAUUCAGUUACGGAUUAAACACAGCGACAAAUGCCAAUGAAUAUAAGAAUGGGACGACGAUUGUUCAGACCUUAGUGGACAUAGUCUCGAAAAACGGCAACUUCUUGCUUGACAUCGGUCCAACUGCGGAAGGAGAAAUUAUUGCGCCCAUGGUAGAUAAUCUUCUGGCUGCUGGAUCAUGGCUUGAAUAUGCUGGAGAGUGUAUAUACGACACGGAAUAUUGGUUCCAGACAUCACAAGACCCAAAUCCUCCGAUUGGCCUUACCCCUGCUCGCUUCACUACCACUCCAACAACAUUCUGCGUUGUCGUAUUCGAUACACCGACCGACGAUGAAAUUAUCAUUCACAAACGCCUUCCGCUUCUUCCCGAAGACAAAAUAACGCUGCUUACUCCGAGUAAAAGCCAAAUUUCUCUCCCAUGGUCAACAGAUUCUUCAGGCAACUUGAUCGUCAAUAUCUCUGAGAGCGGUGUCAAGGAAGUUCAAUACGCAUGGGCCUUCAGGAUCUCGUAUCAGCUCAUUAAUUGACCAGCAUAUUGAAUGAGGUAGACAUACUUAUAAUUAGUUGUCAGAAGUACGUUAGUAGGGCAUGGUAAAAUACAUAAGUGGAAAUAUGAAGAUAUUUAAUAGACUAUUGCAUGCGAUUAUAAUAUGUAGUAACAAGAAAAUGGUGAUUCAUACAACGAUAGCGAAAAACAAUUUGAUAAGUUAUGGAACAAACUUGAGAC